CGACUCAAGAGCGGACACGUCGUCUGAGCCUCCCCCUGCUGGAUGGAGUGAUGAACGAGCACCCACUCAACUCCAUGCUGGCUCUCCACCGGGGCGCGCCAGCUGCGGCAUUCCCGGCCAAAGGAGCGCUGGUCUGAGGCAUCACCGUCUGCUUCGUCCCGCUGACCACAUGGUGCCGGGAAAAUGACAUCCACUAUCGUUAUCGUCGCUUCUUUGCUCAUGUUAAUACACGGCUGCGGUGGUGCCGACUCUGAGGAGCGCCUUAUUAACUGGUUGCUCGGGGAAAACCGCUACAAUCCGCUCAUCCGCCCUGCGGUCAAUCUGUCUGAGAGGGUCACCGUGAAGCUUCAAGUGUCUCUGGCACAGCUCAUAAGCGUCAAUGAAAGGGAACAGUUCAUGACCACCAAUGUCUGGCUCACUCAGCACUGGGUGGAUUACAGGUUAUCGUGGGAUCCUGCCAAGUACGAAGGAAUCGACAAGCUCCGUAUCCCCUCCAGAAAUAUUUGGCUGCCUGAUAUCGUCCUCUAUAACAAUGCCGAUGGGACCUACGAGGUAACGGUCUUCACCAACGUUAUCGUGCUCGCCAACGGCAGCAUUAACUGGCUUCCCCCUGCCAUCUAUAAGAGUGCCUGCAAGAUUGAAGUCAAGCAUUUCCCCUUCGACCAGCAAAACUGCACACUCAAGUUCCGCUCAUGGACCUACGACCACACCGAGAUUGACCUGAUCUUGAAAACGGAGGGCGCCAGCAUUGACGAUUUUACUCCCAGUGGCGAGUGGGACAUCCUGGCACUACCUGGCCGGCGGACUGUCAACCCCCUGGAUCCAACCUAUGUGGACCUCACAUAUGACUUUAUCAUCAAGAGGAAGCCCCUUUUCUACACCAUCAAUCUCAUCAUUCCCUGUGUGCUGAUUACCUCACUCGCCAUUUUGGUUUUCUACCUGCCCUCAGAUUGUGGUGAAAAGAUGACCCUAUGCAUUUCGGUCCUGUUGGCCCUGACUGUCUUCCUGCUCCUGAUCUCUAAGAUCGUCCCCCCGACUUCCCUGGAUGUGCCGCUGAUUGGCAAGUACCUGAUGUUUACCAUGGUGCUGGUGACCUUCUCCAUCAUCACCAGUGUGUGCGUGCUCAACGUUCAUCACCGCUCCCCCAGCACGCACAACAUGCCACCCUGGGUCAAGAUCAUCUUUCUGGUCAAACUGCCAGCCUUGCUGUUCAUGAGACGCCCUCAUGAUAACUCUGCACAUCAGAAGAUGCGACAGCUGCGUUGUGUCCGAUCAGGGAGGACAAUUCUGGGCUUGGAUUACCCAGUCGCAUCGAAAACUAGUUUGCCCAAGAUGUCUUCUUCCUUGUUGCCUUCAGACUCUGCUUUCUCCACAGAAGGAGAUAAAGGUACACGCCCUCCUUUGAGUUUAAUCCACCCCAACAGGACUGGCGAUUUGCGAUCCACAGACUGCCUUCCCCGGGAUUUUACCUGCACGCAGGACCGCCAUCUUAGAAGCAAUUCAGACUUACCUGCCGAUGUCAAGGAGGCAGUAAACGGAGUGCGCUUUGUUGCGGAGCACAUGAUGGCGGAUGAUGAGGAUCAAAGUGUGAUUGAAGACUGGAAGUACGUGGCCAUGGUUGUGGAUCGCAUGUUCCUGUGGAUUUUCGUCAUUGUGUGCGUGGUGGGCACACUGGGCCUGUUCCUACAACCCGUCUUCCAAAGUCAGGUGGUUCACCAACAACAGCAGCCCACCUCUGAGAAGCCUCGCAUUUGAUCAGCCAGAAAAUGUUUUUUCAAGUAUUUUGUAAGGGGAAAAAGACAUUGCAAAUGUUCAUAAAAACAUGGGUUAAUGUUUAGCUUGUGUGUGAUUUGCUUUUUUUUCACUUUUCCAUUGUUUUAUUUUUGCAACACUCCAAAAAAGGAGCAGCCACAGGGUAUGCAGAAUACUGUAGAAUGGAUUUUUCUCUUUUUUUGAGAGCAGCGAAACCCAAAUGAACACAAAAUGGUUCAUCCCUGCUUUUUCAACAAUUUUGGGGGGAUUAGAAAAAAUGAUCCUCACAUUUUUACCAUUUGGGGUCUGGCCUCACCAGUG